GUUUGCGAUAUUAGCAAAUUCCAGGGUUGUGUUGAUGUAUGUUUCAAGUUUUCAGCGUACUACCUAGGAUUUAGGAUUAAUUGAAAUACUGAUAAACGUUUAACUUUUAUAUCCAACAUGUGGCUACCGUAGUAAUAACCAUAAAAAGGUUUAAUAACCAUGGCUGAUGAUAUUGAAUAUUUUAUACAGCAACAGAAACAAAAGCUAGCAGCAGAGAGGAGGUCUCUGGGACAGGAGCCUGACCGUGAUGACCCAAAUACCUCUCGAAGAACUUGGGACAGGACACCAAAGAGUAAUUUAGAUGAACAAAUAUUGCAGCAUGGCAGGAGAGGUCCACAGGACAGGCAAACAGAGGAUGUUGAAGGGGGUACACUGCCUCUUGGACAAUAUGAAGAAAAGAAAAGAAGAUUACAGGAAGAAAGGAAGAGAGAAACCCAAGAAAUAAUGGACAAGGGCAAAGUGAAUGGUUUCCAUGUGGAUCAAAACCGCAAGGAAAAUAUCCCCCCUCCAAGGCCACAGAGUCCAGAAGAGACAGGGCUUAUUGGUCAGCUGGGCAGUUAUGAUCAAAAGAGAAAGAAACUGGAGGAAGAGAGGAAGAAGGAGUAUAACAAAAUGCUCUCUGAGCAAGAGUUGCGGCGGACUGGUCGUCAUCCUCAACCACAAGACAAUGAAGAAGUUGGGUUGCCUGCAAUGAAUAGAAAGAUGUCAGCUGAGGCUAGAGCUGAUUUUGCAAAGAGAAGAGCAAGGAAUGAGGAGUACAGGCAGUUCUUAGAACAAGAAGAGCAAAAACGAAGACACAGAUAUGACAGCCACAAGCCUGCGGAUGCAAUCAACCGGAGUCCACCACCCAAAGAGAGAACAGUUACUUUUGAGGACACAUAUGACAGAGAUCUGAGGAGGGAUGAUGAUUAUGACAGACGGAGAGACAGAUAUGAUGACAGAAAUGAGGUCAAUCAUAGACGUGCACCUAAAGAAACUGACUAUGGCAUGACUUUGCCUGGAAUCAGAGAUAAGCACUCUGCAGAGCAAAGAAAAAUGGCAGAAAGGAAUAGAGAAUAUAAUGAUUUUCUACAACAGAAAUCAGAAAGAGACAACAGGAGGAGAGAGGAUCAAAGAAUACGCACAAGAAGCAGGAGUGACUUUUUGUCAGAUGAUGAGGAUGCAUUUGAAAGAGGUCGUAAUAAACCACCUCGUAGAGGUUGGGGCACACCUACGUAUGAGGAAAUACUAGAACAGAAAAGGAGAGAAGAGAGUCGCUACAGGCGCUAUGAUGAUCCAGAGUAUUCCAGAACCCCAACAGGCAUGAGGCUUGGAGAUGAUAACUACAGGAGGUCUGCCAUAUCAGAUGGUUAUCUAAAUGAUGACAGACGACUGAAUGCCAUAGACAGGCAAUAUGAUGCCAAGAGAGUUCAGUUCAAAGAAGAGUCCAAGUGGCCCAGUCUUCUGGAUGAAGUCUACUGGACCUCACCUUUGAGGAACCCAGCUAGGGAUCCCCUACAAGAAUGGCUUUCAAGGAUAAGACAAAGGAGUCCAUCUCCAAUUCAUGAGGAUGACAGAGGGCGAGGCCCCAGGGAGCCAGACCCCAGUCCCAGGAGAACACAUCCUGACCCAGAGCCUCCUGCAAGGCAAGGCAGGAGAGGCUACCAGCCCCCACAGGAAGAUGAUAGCAGGCAGGUUGGGGCUACUCUCUUAGUGGGCCAUGAAAAUUCUGAAAGUGCAAAGAGAAGGAAACAAGAGGAAUACCGCAAAGAAUUGGAAUUACAAAUGAAGGGAGACAAGGAAGCUAAGCAGAGGGAAAAGGAAAGGGAAAAGGCCAAUGACAUGAGAAUCAAUGUCUCAGGGGCACAAGAUCCAGAGAAGAGACCUGAUAGACUGAGAGAAUUACCUCCAGCAGAGCAGAGGGGUCCCCCAAGACAGUAUCAGAGUGUGCCAGUACAGCCAUAUCACCCUGUGACUGAAGACUUAAGUCCCAGAUCCCAAGCAUUCCAGAAGUACCAGGCCCAGCUGUUCAGUGAGCCUCCCUCCAGACCAGCUCCCAGUAUAUUAGACAGAGGCUGGGGAGGGGACCUGUAUGGUAGACCACUGGAACCUGGCCUUGGGCUGCUCAGCCGACAGCCAGGAGACUAUCUAGGAGCUGCUGGUCAGCCCCAGCUUAGCCCAUACAACAGCCCACUGGAUGAGGCUUAUUAUUAUUAUGCCAAUAAAAACCCACUAGAUGUUGACUCUGGAAUUGGUGGUAUAGCUGGUCCCUCAGGUGUGGGCCGUCCGUCUAACUUUCCACAAUACCCACAGCAAACACAGCAGCAGCCACCACAGCAGCCUCAGCAGGGUUAUGCCAACAGAGACAGGAAUCCUCCCCCACAAGAAGGGGGCUUCAUUAUAGGAAAUGAUCGCAGUAAAUCCAGAGCUGAUAAACAGUCCUAUAAUGAAGAACUUAGGUUGCAGAUGGAAGAGAAGCAGAGACAAAAACAGUUAGCUAAAGAGGAGCAGGAGAAGUAUGACCUUAAGAAACAGGCAGAAAUAGAGAACUAUGAUCCAUUUGGUAAAGGAGGCGGUGGUGCACCACUGAGAGACAGGCAGGGAAAUCUUGUUGCUGACUUGAAGAGAAUGCACAUAACAAACAAAGAAGGAGAAGAGGAUCCCACGCGCCGCCUGGUACCUGACCGCACUCCUGCACCACCUCCAGUAGUGAACUUUGCUGCAGACUCACCAUAUGGCUUCCAUGACCAGGGACCACCUGGUGGGGGGGUCCAGGGGAACUAUCCUGGAUUGUCUCCCAGAGAGGGACAUGGCAGGGGGCAAAGUGACAUCUUUGGACCAACUGAUAAUACGCCCAAAUCUCAGAAAGAUUUGUAUCAAGAAGAACUUAAAAAGCAGAUUGAAGAAAAGAGGAAGCGUGAGGAAGAAGAGAAAGCUAAAAUCAAAGCAGAAGAGGAGAAGCAAAUGAGGAAGAUAGAAGAGGAUAGGUUGAAGAUACAGGCAGAGUUUGAAGCUGAACAAAAGAAGCAAAGAGAAAAGGAGGAAGAGACGCAAAGGAAAAAUGAAAUGUUGAAGAAGCAGGCAGAGGAGAAGAGGCUGGAAGCUGAGGCAAGGAGGAAAGAAUUAGAAGAAAAAAGGCAACAAGAAAUCAGAGAAAGGCAAGAGCAAGAGCGCUUAGAGAGGCAAAGGCAAGCUAUGGAACAAAGAGGGAGUUCUCCACCAGUGCCAGCAAUUGUAGCGGCAAGAUCUGGCAGCACUGCUCAGACGCCUGCAAGAGACGUGCGCUCUCCACCCAUUCCUGCACUGCGUAGUAACACAGAGGAUGUGACACCUAGUGGGCGGACAUCUCCCCCAGUGCCAGCACGUGAUACAGAGAUCAGAUCUCAGAGUGCUGAUGUUUUGCGACAACUAGCAGCAAUGAGACAGCAGUUGCACAGUGAGAGAAAGAAAGUUGAAAAUGCUUUAGAACAACAAAAGUAUGAAGUUGAUGUCUCUGACCCAAGAGUGGCACAGCGCCAAAGACCACCACAGAGAGAUCCUGUGGAUGUAUUUGAUCCAAGAAGACCAGUGUCUGUGAAAAGAAAUAGAACAGCAGAUAGUGUUGCACAAGGGAAAGAACUGAACGAAUUCAAUGAUCUCAAGUACAAAAAGGAUACAGAAUCUCGUCAGAAGUUUCGCAGUGAGUACCCGGGGGUUCCUGUCUCUGAUACGGCACUAGAGGUUCAGCAACAAGCUCUGCUGGAUGAACAAGAAAAUAGACUAGCAGAGCUAAGAGCAAAUAAUUAUUCUGCUAAGCCUGGCCCCUCCAAGCAGCGUGAUCUCAGCAUGAUCAGAGAGGACUCGAUGCUGGACUCCAACACUGCUUUCAUAGGUGAUGGGAAUGCCAAGGAUGCUUCACGCUCUUCAAGUCGCACAAGUGCAGCAUUACUGGACUCUGAGAGUGCUUUUAUAGGUGUGGAUGACAAUGGAGUCUUCCCUGAUGACUUAGAUGACCUUGAGCCAGCGCGAAGAAAUGAAUCUGCAAGAUCAAGGCGUAGGCAGCGCCAGCAAUCACCCAGGCGCCAACCUGAUAACUUAUCCAUUGGAUCACAACUUAGUCUCGAUGCAGAUAAGAUUACCAAGAAAAAUCAGGAACGUCUUAGAAAACUUAGGAGUAUACAAGGUGAUGAUAUCUCUAUGAUGGAUCCGGAUGAUGUGCUGAAUAACUUCAUGGCCAGACAAGACCAUCAGAGGCCUGCUUCAGGGAAUACGCUCCAGGACGACUCCUGGCUCAGACCAGGCACCAGGGACUCUGCUGGAACCCACUACUAAACAGCAGCAUCACCCCACAAUACCAGACUCUAGGCCACAAUGUCAAGAUACCAGUCUAUAGGCCACAGUGUCAUGAUACCAGUCUCUAGGCCACAGUGUCAUGAUACCAGUCUCUAGGCCACAGUGUCAUGAUACCAGACUCUAGGCCACAAUGUCGAUACCAGACUCUAGGCCACAAUGUCAUGAUACCAGACUCUAGACCACAAUGUCAAGAUACCAGUCUAUAGGCCACAGUGUCAUGAUACCGGACUCUAGGCCACAAUGUCAUGAUACCAUACUCUAGGCCACAGUGUCAUGAUACCAGUCUCUGGGUCACUAUUGAAUAUCAGACUGUACAGUGUAGAUUGCAAUGUUAUCAUACACCAGAUUCUAGAGCAAACUUUGAAAAUAGACUGUACAAUGUGGAUCAAAAUGUUAUGUUAGCUUUUAGUUCAAAAUAUUUCAUAUAAGUCUGACCAUUAAAUUAAUACUGCAGGUCAUAACACGAUACCAUACCUUUGGUCAAAAAUAAUGCCAGGUUCUAGACCACAGUUAAUGCCAGAUUCAACAUUGUAAUACCUGGCUCUAGGUCACAGUUUGAUGCCAGACUCAUGAUCUAAUACCAGACUCCCGAUAACAAUCCAAUAUCUGGCUCUAGGUAACACUUCUAUAUACAAUUUUAUCUUGAUCAUCAUAAGACUAGGUGACAUUACACCCAGACUGUAAAAAACAAUAUGCACAAACUCUGGAUAGUAUAACACCAGAUUGCAGGUCAAUGGACUGCAGCUAUUUUUUCCAUUGAGAGCAGUCAACAACCUCUUCAUUCAGGUCAGAAUGUUCUUUUUACAGAUUGCUUAGAAGAUAAAUGAUAGCUUGUGUCAUUGAACUCUCUGCGGCAAUAACAAUUUGCGUGAUGUGCAUGACUGAGAUCACAUAUCUCCAGGUGCUGCCAUUUAUAAUACAUAGAAAAAAUGCUAGACAAAGCAUCAGACAAAGGUAAAUGAGAUUUAGAUGUGCCUCGAGAGCAGAUAGGUCAAUGACCUGAGAGGGUAAUAACUGCCUCUGACCUCCCCAUGCCAAGGCUGUCAUGUACUAGUUAUGUACAGUGCCUAGCUGGGUGUAUACAGGUAUUACUGAACGUAGAUUAAAUCAAAUAGCAGUGCACCCCUGAGUUAUCCUGUGUUUCAAAGUAAAGUAAAAUGCAAUUGUCUGUGGAUUUGUCUGUCAUAGGUGCAAACUAAGAAAUAACAGUCUUGAAAAAUAUCUCGGCAUUCUUGGUACUUAUUUCAAAAAUUAAAAUUUUUGAAUCCCAGUGCAGGGUCUUAUGUAUUUGAGAAGCUGGCCUAGAGGAACUUGAUGUUAAAUUUAUUUGAUGAACUGAGAAAUAGCCUGGUCUAACUGGUGCAACUCAGCAUUUCAGAGUAUCAGCAGAAAUGUAAAUAUUUAGUUUAUUGCUAUUGCAAAAACAGCCCUAGUUUCAUAUUCCAAGGCAAUGAGAAGCAGGCCAGGUUCUUCACAUCUCUAAUUUCCAAGUAUGCCUGCUGAUAGGGGAUAAGUUUGGCUUUUAUGUGAGGAGAGCUGGCAAACCAAACUGAAACUCAGGGUUGUAAUUAUAAUUAGCAACUAUACAGCAGACGUGGCAGAUGAAAGCAGAUUAUUCAAGUAGAGGUGCUGGGAAAUAACUAAUUUAUAUAUUUCUGUAUUUACAUAAAAUGUGAUAUUUAUUUUUCUUCCUUUUUUCACAUCUGUAUAUGUCAGCCUAUUUACAUGCUUCAGUCAUGCAGAUCUUAAGGUAGUUUCAUUAAAACUUUUUUGUAGAAGCAUUUUUGUACUUAUGGUUACCACUUACUUUUAUCAGAAGAUUCAUGUGUUAUGUAAAAUUUUUGUUUGUAUAUUUAUAUUUUUCUUUGUUUGUGUUUGGUUAUUUGUAUAUUUCUUCCCACUGAUAAAUGUUAAUUAAAAAAAAUGUACAUUGACUGUAUCACAUUUCUUAAAGUCUCUCCUUUGAGAAAUAUCUAGUUAUAUUUUUGAUGUUUGUUGUAUGUGCAUGUAAAUAUAGGUAUAAACAUUUUAAUUUUGCCCAUGAGUAUGAUUGAUAUUCAGAAAAUACUUAGCAAAUAAUCAGCAAGGACACCACAUAAAUCCAGUCUUGAUUAAUGUUUUGGCUUUAGUUAGAAAUGCACCAAACGAAUCUGCAAGAAGCAGCAUUAGAAAAAAUACAGAUAAACAAGGUCCUUCCAGGGAAAGUAAGAUCUUUCAGUCCAAAUGCUACAGUUACAGAUAAGAUAAUGAAUAAUUAUGAAUAUAAAUGUUUGAAAGGUUAAAUUAAA